AUGUACCGCACGACUCCAUGGUAUCACCAGCCUCGACCGGACAACACCCGCGCCUGGCCCAACUUUGGCAAUAACAACAUCGCCGGCAACAGAGUCAACAUCAACAACUAUGGCCCGGCUUCUCGGACACCGUUCGUCGGCCCGGGCCCUAGGCUUUUCGACUUCAGCCAGCUCUUCAGCGUCACAAACAACUUCGCGGCCGCCACGCCCGUCCGACCCGGCGGCGGACGGGCGGCCCAGCCCACCGACCGCCUCCGCAACCGCGUGACCGUCGCCCUCCCCGACGGCUCCCGGGUCCUCGUCGACCGUGACGUCCUCCACGAGCACCUCCCGCGCACGCGUAACCUCAUGCAGGACGGCUACUUUGGCGUGCCCGAGUUCCUCCGCGGCUACGAGCACGGCAUCAUGGACAACGUCCUCGACCAGCGCGGCUUCGACGAGGCCUUCUCCCGCGCCGCCACCUUUGUCUUCCGCCACCUCGAGGACCUGAGCCGGUCCCAGCCCCCGGCGGCGAACCGCGCAGGCCGCGACGCCUUCGACCUCUUUGCCCGCCCGCGCUUCCUGCUCGCCAACGCGCGCGACCGCGCCGCCACCGUCCACGAGAUCUUCUGGCACGUCUUCGUCCUCUGCUGCGUCCUCGACCAGGACCGCGCGCUCGGCUGCUCCGAGGCGCUGGCGCGGCCCGUCGCUGCGUUCCUCGUCGAGCUCAUGCCGAGCGUCGAGGCCUUCCUGCCGCCGCGGGCCAUGCAGAUGCUGUUCCUGGGGUUCGCCCGCAUCUUCCGCGAGACCGGGUUCGAGCUGGCGCUUCUCCGGGAGAUGUGGGAGCUGAUGGACGUCGUGAACCAGCGCGCGAUGAGGGACCUGAUAGGGCCCCAGCUGGCGGCAAACGGGGCGGGCAGCAACGCGCAGCGGAUCUGGACCGGCUUGAGGCAUCUGGGGUUGGUGUAG